AUGGAUAGAGAGGAUGAAAUUCUUUUAAAUGCUUUAAUGGACUACGAAAGGGGACUAAUUGAUGACGAUGAGCUGUGGUCGAGCCCAUACGAGGGUGAAAUGGACAAUUUCGACAACAACGAAACAGCGAUACCCCCUAGUGCCCAAUCACCAUUUGAGAUUAUUAUCCUCUCAGAUGAUGAAUAUGAUGAUUCUCAAGAAGUAAUCCCACCGUCCCCGUUUUCACCUAAACUUUUUUCGGACAACGAGACAAUAACGCCGCCGCCGUCUUCACCUUUUAUUGAAGUAAUUUCCAGCGACGAAGAAGGAGCACGUAAUGCCGCACCCGAAAGAUUGUCUGGACAGCGUGGUACAGGUGAAGAACAACAACAGUUAUUCACGAACACCUCCGAAUAUCAUCAGUUUAAUCGAAAGAAUAGGUGUCCCUUACACAGAAGAUUCGAUAGAAUGUCUGCUUUCGCAGAGAUUUCUUGA